ACCCUGGGUGCUCAUGCGCAGUUAGUAUCGGCAGUCGGUGAGGAGCCGGGCGUUGAACGGUAUUGCGGGUGUCUAGUGAAGUCCAGAUCUGUUGUCACCAUGAAUACAAAGGCACUUUCUUCUCAGCUCAAGGACAGUAUCCCAAUUACUGAAUUGUCAACCCAGUACGGGGGCUAUGGAAUCCAGGAUACUCUCCGAUCAGGGUUUACAAGUGCACAGAGUGAACUAUUACCAGGCCAUUCUUUAGAGCUGUCAGAAAAAAAUUUUCAGCUUAAUCAGGAGAAAGUCAGCUUUUCAACUUUAAGAAACAUUCAAGGCUUGCAUGCUCCUCUGAAAUUACAGAUGGAGUUCCAGGCAGUGAAACAGGUUCAACGUCUCCCUUUUCUACAGAGCUCUAACAUUGCUCUGGACACCUUGAGAGGGAAUGAUGAGUGUAUUGGCUUUGAAGAUAUCCUCAGUGAUCCUUCUCAGAGUGAGGUGAUGGGAGAGCCACACGUGAUGAUGGAAUACAAGCUGGGCUUGUAA